GCUCGCGCCGCCGCCGCCGCGUCCGUUGGGGCUCGCGCUGCCGGUUGGGCCCCGGCCGCCGCUUGGCGCCGGGGCCGGGGCCGGGGCCGGGUCGUGAGGGAGGAUGCGGCGGUACGCGCGGAUGGCGCUGCUCUGCCUGGGCUGCGGCGUCUGCUCGCUCCUCUACGGCUUCAGCCAGCUGGCCCUCUCGCUGGAGCAGGAGCCCGGCCGGCAGCGGCAGGCCCCAGAUCUCGCCGCUACCGGCGACCGAGCGGCGGCGGCGGCGGCUGGGAGCGAGGGCCGGGGCCAGGCGGGGGCCGGCAGGUGUAAGAAUUUGUCUGUAUCUUUCUGGAAUUCCUAUUGGAUGCUGCCCUCUGAUGUUUGUGGAAUGAACUGCUUUUGGGAAGCUGCUUUUAGAUAUGAUUAUAUGAAAACACAUCCUUCUGAGAAAAUGCAUCUAGCAGUGGUUGCCUGUGGUGAAAGACUGGAGGAGACACUUACUAUGUUGAGAUCAGCCAUUAUUUUCAGCAUCAAACCUCUCCAGUUUCAUAUUUUUGCUGAGGACCAAUUGCAUGAGAAUUUCAAAGACAUACUUGAUGACUUCCCCUAUGAAGGAAAAGUUAAUUACACAUUAUAUCCAAUAACAUUUCCAACUGAGAGUGCAGCAGAAUGGAAGAAAUUGUUUAAACCCUGUGCUUCACAAAGGCUAUUCUUGCCAUUAAUCCUCAAAAAUGUGGAUUCGCUACUGUAUGUUGAUACUGACAUCCUGUUUUUGAGACCUGUUGAUGAUAUUUGGUCUUUUCUGGGAAAGUUCAACUCCACACAAAUUGCUGCAAUGGCACCGGAACAUGAAGAGCCUCGUAUCGGGUGGUAUAAUCGCUUUGCUAGACAUCCCUAUUAUGGAGUAACUGGAAUAAAUUCUGGAGUCAUGUUAAUGAAUAUGACACGUAUCAGAAGAAAGUAUUUCAAGAAUGAUAUGACACCAGUCCGAUUACAGUGGGGAGAAAUUCUUAUGCCACUGCUGAAGAAGUACAAGUUGAACAUAACAUGGGGUGAUCAGGAUCUAUUGAACAUUAUGUUUUUUCACAAUCCAGAAAGUCUUUAUGUCUUUCCUUGCCAAUGGAAUUAUCGGCCUGACCACUGCAUCUAUGGAAGCAAUUGUAAGGAAGCUGAAGAAGAAGGUAUAUUUAUUCUUCAUGGAAACAGAGGUGUUUACCAUGAUGAUAAACAACCGACUUUUAGGGCUGUCUAUGAAGCAAUAAAAAAUUAUUCAUUUGGAGAUGAUCUGAUUCAUUCCCUGUUGCAGCCCCUAGAACUGGAAUUAAGGAAAACCAUGCAUACAUACUGUGGAAGAGUAUACAAAGUGUUCAUAAAGCAGCUAACAAAAAGCGUAAGAGACUUGUAUGCCAGAAGAUCAAAGGGAAGGUGAUUUUUACUCCAAGCUGUUAAAUCAAGAGACUGAAUUAACAUACUGAUCAAAAGGUGCAAAAAUUCUAAUGUGGCUUGAAUCAGCUCUUCAUGUGCCCAGAUAAAAGUUUACUAGCAUACAUAAAAAUGAAGAAAAUAUUAAUGUAAUGAAGAACAGGAACUUUUUUCUGCAAAGGCGACUUUUUGCUCUUUUGAAGUUUAAUCACUGCUAAUGUUUGUCUUGGAUCUGGUGAUUUGGGUGUUACUGGCUUCUAUGGCCAGUAGUUUUAGUCUGCAUAAUUCGGUUAUCCAAUGAUCAAAUGAACAAGGAAGAAAUUAAGAUGGCUCUAUUUGGGAGUGUACCUCAUAUAUUGUCUAAAGUUCUGUUAAACUGUGAAUGUAGCAAUAACUGAGUCAGCGGCACUAACCUCACUUUAAAGGUGUGAGCCUUUAUGUAAACAAAGUUGUUUACAAGUGCAGAAAAUACUCUGUUUUCAAAGAGAUGUGAUAUAAUCUUUGACAAUCUGUAUGUGCCUUUAUAUGUUCAUCUCUUACAUGUUGAAGUACUGUUUUGACAAUCUCGCUUAUCUUGGAUGUUAACUGCACACUAUAAAUAUGAUUUUCUGAGAAAUUAGUAACUAGUAUGUGAUACUAGUUUUCUCUGGUAGAUACGGAGGCUUUUCAAUAUACAGCAUUUGUUUCAAUGUUGUUGAGCCAUCAUGGCCAAAAGACAGCGCAGAGUUGAGGGUUUUUUUAGCAAAAAUUCGGUUCGAAGUUACAUCUUACAAUACUUUUUAAAAAUUACAUGGUUUUGCAGCUUUCUAGGGCGUUUUGGAAGUAGGAAAAAAAAAACAGUGGAAAGCUGUUGCCAUUGUAUUUCCUUACUAAGAAUCAUUAUCUGAUGUUUAUUAUAGAGUAUUUAGUACCUAAAAGUAAAGAGCUGUAAUAAGAGUUCUGAUGCUUCAUCAGACUGUAUAUUAGAUGGAUUUCUUAGAGAAUAUAUCUUGUUACCGUUUUUUUUUAAUAACAUGGCUUUAAAAUAGUUGUGGGGCAGACCCUCAACUACGUGAAUGCAUGACUGUCAAGAGGGUGAUAGUGAUUUACAACAGAUAAGGAUUAGGCUUUCUUUCGUUAUUUUAGUGAAAAAAACCAAGCUCUGUUUAUGUAAUACAAACUUUUUUUCAGAGAAAAACAUGAAGAAAAAGGCUGAGUUCUAGUGUUACAGUAAAAUAUUAUUUAAACUUGCAUGGUGUGAAAUGUAUUUGUAAAGUAUAUUUGAACUUGGAUAACCUGUCUAACUGAGAUGAAGUCUUCAUAAAGUGAGUUUUUGGAUUCCAGAAAAGUUCCUGUGUGUUGAACACAGAGGAUCAACUCACUGACUUGCACCUUCAUGCCAACCCCAUUUAGAAGCUUAAUUUUUGUGGCUGUUUCCUUGUCAAAGGCAGGCUGGCUCUGACUCCCAGAUCCAUGUGAGCUGGACGAAUGCUUUAGCAGUACAAAACCACACUCCAUUGUAAGCAGAGUUUAUAUUCUUCUCCUAAUCUCCCUGCUGGCUCAGGGUGUAAAUUUCUGGGAUGGAAACUAGGAAGCAGUCUGCCUCGCAUGUAGUUACAGUCUCUUUUCCUUGCUAUGUAACCUUUUGAAGUCUGAAAAUCUAGAAAUCUGUGUGAAGGUGAAUACUGUUAUUGACUGAUUUUACAAUAUGCAAUGCAUUAUUUUUUUACAUAAAUACUGAUUUUUAUAUCAA